UCGGAUCGCGGUCGCCGAUCAUGGCGCACCGACUCGCAUCCCUCGGCGGCGUCGCUCGCAGAGCGAUCAAUCGCGCGAGCGCGCAGGCGUUCGCGCGGCCGUACGCGUCGUCGAGCGCGCACGGCCAGGGCGCCGUCGCGGUCGAUUCCGCGUUCCAAAACGACGACGCCUUCCUGAAGUGGACCACCCCGGAGCCGCAGGCGUUCACGCACGCGGGCAUCCUCGCGUCUCCCGCGACCAAGGUCACGACGCUCGCGAACGGCAUGCGCGUCGCGACGGAGGAGACCCCGUUCGCGGAGACCGCGACCGUCGGCGUGUGGAUCGACGCCGGGUCGCGGUACGAGACCGCGGCCAACAACGGCACCGCGCACUUCCUCGAGCACAUGGCGUUUAAGGGCACGGCGAAGCGCACAACCGCGGGGCUGGAGGAGGAGGUUGAAAACCUCGGCGCGCAUCUCAACGCGUACACGUCGCGGGAACAGACGACGUACUACGCCAAGGUGUUCAAGAAGGACGUGCCCAACGCGGUGGAUAUAUUGUCCGACAUUCUGCAGAACUCGAGCCUCGAGCAGAGGCACAUCGAGCGCGAGCGAGGCGUGAUCUUGCGCGAAAUGGAGGAAGUGGAGAAGGAGGUGGAGGAGGUUUUAUUCGACCACCUCCACGCGACGGCGUUUCAGCAAACGGGCUUGGGGCGGACGAUCCUCGGCAGCGCGGAUAACGUCCGGAACAUCACGAAGGAGAACCUCAGCACGUACAUCAAGCAGCACUACACCGCGCCGAGGAUGGUUCUCGUCGGCACGGGCGCGGUGGAUCACGACGCGUUGGUGAAGCUCGCCGAGGGCGCCUUUUCCAAUCUUCCGAGCGGCGAUUUGGGCGAGAGCGUUCGUAAGCUCGUGAGCGGCGACCCCGCGCACUUCACCGGGUCCGACGUCCGGAUCCGCGACGACGACAUGCCGAACACGAGCUUCUGCGUCGCGUUCAAGGGCGCGUCGUGGACGUCCCCGGACGCGGUGCCGCUCAUGGUGAUGCAGGCGAUGCUCGGCUCGUGGGAUAAGGCAGCCGCGGGCGCGGGGCACGCCGGGUCGGACCUCGCGCAGGACAUGCACAGCAACAACCUCGCGAACAGCUACAUGGCGUUCAACACGAACUACGCGGACACCGGGCUGUUCGGCGUGCACGUGAACACGGACGUGCGCGAGGACCUCGACGACGUCGCGUUCGUCGUGAUGAACUCGCUCCGGAAUUUAAUCUAUGACCCGAAGAUCGAGGACGUCACGCGCGCGAAGCAAGCGCUGAAGUCUUCGCUCCUUCUUCACGGGGAGUCGUCCACGAGCGCGGCCGCGGAGGAGAUCGGACGGCAGCUCCUGACGUACGGGCGAAGGAUCCCGCGAGCGGAGCUCUUCGCGCGCAUCGACGCCGUGACCGUGGACACGGUUAAGGCGACGGCGUGGAAGUAUAUUCGCGACGAGUGCCCGGCCAUCGCCGCGAUCGGCCCGACGCAGUUCCUUCCGGAUUACAACUGGUUCCGAUCG